UCACUAGCAGAAACACUAUUGACGUUUCAUUUCGGGGGCGGUAUCAUUUUAUUUCGAUAGAAAAAUGGAAAUAAUUAGCGUACUCUGUAUGCAGGAUAUUAUUUAGAACCGUUUUGUACCUGAUGACUGACCGUAAAGGACAAUAGGCAUCCAUCAUGAUUGGGGGCCUAUUCGUGUACAACCACAAGGGCGAGGUGUUGAUCUCGCGGGUGUACCGCGACGACAUCGGCCGGAAUGCUGUGGACGCCUUCCGAGUGAACGUCAUCCACGCGCGCCAGCAAGUGCGCUCGCCGGUCACCAACAUCGCUAGGACUUCAUUCUUCCACAUAAAGCGAGCCAACAUCUGGCUGGCUGCAGUUACCAAGCAGAAUGUGAACGCUGCCAUGGUGUUCGAGUUCCUUCUGAAGAUCAUCGAUGUCAUGCAGUCCUACUUCGGAAAAAUCUCCGAAGAGAACAUCAAGAACAACUUCGUUCUGAUCUACGAGUUGCUUGAUGAGAUCCUGGACUUUGGAUACCCUCAGAACUCAGACACUGGAGUCCUGAAGACAUUCAUCACUCAGCAGGGCAUCAAGUCUGCCUCCAAGGAAGAACAGGCACAGAUCACCUCACAGGUGACUGGUCAGAUCGGCUGGCGACGCGAAGGCAUCAAGUACCGGCGCAACGAACUGUUCCUAGACGUUCUUGAAUACGUCAAUCUGCUCAUGUCGCCGCAAGGUCAAGUGCUGUCAGCACACGUGGCAGGCAAGGUUGUAAUGAAGUCUUACUUGUCGGGCAUGCCUGAGUGCAAGUUCGGGAUCAACGACAAGAUCGUCAUGGAGGCCAAGGGGAAGGGCAACGGUGGCAUCUCUGGCAAUACGGACAGCGACCCGGCGCGCUCAGGCAAGCCCGUGGUGGUGAUCGACGACUGCCAGUUCCACCAGUGCGUCAAGCUCAGCAAGUUCGAGACGGAGCACUCCAUCUCUUUCAUACCGCUCGACGGGGAGUUCGAGCUCAUGAGGUACCGCACGACGAAGGACAUCUCGCUGCCGUUCCGCGUGAUUCCUCUGGUGCGCGAGGUAGGCCGCACCAAGAUGGAGGUCAAGGUGGUGCUCAAGAGCAACUUCAAGCCUUCGCUGCUGGGACAGAAGAUCGAGGUGAAAAUCCCGACGCCACUAAACACCAGUGGCGUGCAGCUCAUCUGCCUCAAGGGCAAGGCCAAGUACAAGGCCUCUGAAAACGCCAUCGUGUGGAAGAUCAAGCGCAUGGCGGGGAUGAAAGAGACGCAACUAUCGGCAGAGAUCGAGCUUCUGGAAACGGACACCAAGAAGAAGUGGACGCGCCCGCCCAUCUCCAUGGGCUUCGAGGUUCCUUUCGCACCUUCAGGGUUCAAGGUUCGAUACCUGAAGGUGUUCGAGCCCAAGCUGAACUACUCCGACCACGACGUCAUCAAAUGGGUGCGCUACAUCGGCCGCUCCGGGCUCUACGAGACCAGAUGCUAAGGACUACCGGCUAACGAUUCUGCCAGCGAAAGGACACGUGGCGAGCGGGAUUCAGCAGUAAUGGCAUGUUACAUAAUACUAUAGUUUUGUAUAUAAUUUCAAGUAAUUCUGAUCAACUUCGAUACAUGAGAUUCCUUUUAAAAGAUUUUAUUUUUCUAUUUUUAAAUGUGAUUUUUAUUUUUCUGCUACUCUAUGGAUAUCAGUAGAAGGUAACUCGACAAAUCAAUCUGCUUUUUCUAAUUUGUAUCAAACGUCAAAUUCCUGGUCCGAAUGGCCUCAAAUGUUUUUUCUAAGUAGUUGUUUAGAUUUUUUUAUUAUGAUAUUGGAAAGCCGAUUCGAUUUGUCGAAAUAUUUUAAGGUAUUUUACAUAAAUUGUGUUAUGUCAAGGCGUCAUACGUAUUAUAGUUUUUAUUUUUUAUUCGUGUUUCAUAUUUGUAUAGCGUAAGGUACAGUUUACACUUAGCAGGUGCUUAGUGUUUGAUUUUGAAUACAAAAUAUCCAUUCGAAGGUUUCUUCGCAAUUUUAAUUGUUAUAAAAAGUCCGUUUACUCUUAGACGCAGACUGGAGCUGCGCAUUAUGGAAUGCUGGUCACCAACCGAACAAAGAAAUGCCAAACUUUCUGUAUUGAUUUUGGACCUUAUUCUAAAGGUAUUAAGUUUCAAAUUCAUUGGGAAAGUUGGUCAUUUUGUGAUGACUUGGUAGCGACAUCCUUUGUAUUAAAAAUACAUUCCCAUAAAAAAAAUAACUAUCAAAUAUUUGUAAAAACUUAAAACAUAUUCCACAAAGUGGAUUUUGUUAGACCAAGGAGUGAAUGACGUCAUAGUCUAUGGAUAGUUUAUGACUUUCGUCGCAUCAACUGUGGAGUUCGGACCAAAUAUCACGUGAUCAAAGUCAAGUACUAGGUGCUUCACAUUCGUAUUCACAAACGAUGCUUGCUUAAGUGAAGCAGCAAAUCGAAUUCACAGCGUUGAAUAGAGCUCUGUGAUUGGUUCGUGUGUGACUCUGUGCGUCCACGUGCACUGUGAGACCUCAUAGUAAUGUUUGUGAAUACGGGCUUUAGUUGUGGUGUCACAUACUUGUAUUGUAAUACAUUAAUGCCACAUCGAAUCUCAUUAUUUUAAUGUACUAUUACGGUUUUGAUGUUGGUUUUAGGCACAAAACGCAAAUCGGUAGAAAAGUUUGUUUCAUAGCGCAAUUCGUUUUCGAAAUUAUUUAUUUGGACAAAGAUAUUUGAAUGUUAGUAAAGGACGGCGCAUACUUGCGAUUUUUAUUGACUUUUUUAUCAAAAAAUCAUUUAAAUGUAGUAAUGCUCAAUUGUUUUUUCUAAACAAACGGCAGCUUACUUUUAUGAAGUUGUUGAUCAACUAAAACUAUUUAUUUUAUACAAUGAAAUUACACGUAUGCGCUAGAUGUAAUGUUUAGAAACGAUCGUUCUUGUGUAGUCGCCCUAAUAUGGUAAAUAACUAAAUAAUAUGACAAUGGAGUGCGCAGAUUUUCUUAUUUACUUACAACAACUUAUGAAAUAUUUGAACGGCAGACCAAAAAGUAUUAAUUGUAUAUUAGGAAGCGUAGACUUUAUAUGUUGAAUAAAAUUAACAAAUUCGAUAUUAGGUUUGCUGUCACUACACAAAUUGUCGUCAUUGAACCAUAACUAACGCCCUACUACCUCUGUAGUUACUUUAACUACUCAAUUUAUUUUACGACCUACACACGUAGUCUAAAAAUGUGCGUCCUAUGUCCAAAUCAUGACCAAUUAAUAAGGUCAAACACCUUACCAUUCCUUAGGAUUAGACCUCCCCUUUAUACAGGGUGUAACAGACAGUCGACAAAAACCAAAAAUGAGUUUAAAUCGUGAUUAUUUUUAAACAAAAAGCGUAUCUUAAUUCCUAGAACGACGACUAAUAAAGUUAUCAUAGCAAGUUCAAAAGUUUCAUGAUUUCACUCAUAAGUUUUUGUCAACCUGUCCUACACCCUAUAUGUAUGUAAGUAUGGCAAGUAUACAUUAUUUAAUUUGAAUAUAUCACUAUCGUAACAUGGAGUAAUAUAAUAUUAGCUAUAUAGUAUAGUAAAUAAUGCUUGAUACAGUUUCCUUUCUUGCAAUAUCGGGAUAUCUGUCAUCUUCAAUACAUCGGUUCAAACGUUUGUAACAUUAUGUAUGGGCCCGUCUGUCGGGGUGUAUAUUGUAAGUGCAUGCUGUUAUAGAAAUGCUUAUAUUGUAUCGUGUUACAAAAAGAAUAAUGUACAAUAAAUGAUAAAAAAUA